AUGAGGUACGCCUUCCUCCUCCUCUCCAGCCUCGCCUCCUGCGCCUUGGCGACUCUCUCUAUCACCGAACCCUCUGCCGCCCAUUGGUGGGUAGGAAACAGUGCCAACACAUUGGCCUGGGAUGGCAAGGAUCCUGCCGAGUUCAGCGUAUUCCUCGCCAACCCCGACGUCAACAUUCUCACCAGCAUGCUGGCUCUCGCAUCCAUUGUCCCCACCUACCAGACCUCCUUGACUAUGAACCCUGGAGAUGCUACCCCUGCUACGGGGUAUACCAUUCUGGUCACCAAUCCUCUCAAUUCUUCUGAUGUGUAUGCCACUUCCGAGACUUUUGAGAUCAAGAAGGAAGGCUCCUCCUACCCGCCUCAGGGUGUGGCCGUCAACGCUUCUGCGACUGCUGAGGGGACCGGUAUGCAAUCCGGCUCCGGCUUGGCCUCCAUUGCAUCUGCUACUUCCUCGUCGAGCUCUUCGAGCUCUCAGGUGGGAAAGGGGGUUGUUUCAUACGGCGCUUUGGGGCUAGUCGCUGUCUCUGGGUUGAUCGCUUUCACCCAGAGUCUCUAG